UGUUGAGAGAGUGUUGAGUGCACACCCGUCACAGGUUGCACACGGCCAGACAGUGAUACUCCCUCCAUGCCUUUAUCUAUCUGCAGACACCUCGAACGGCGCUCGUUAAUUAAGACGAAUGCGCCACCAGCUCACGGUAAUGGCAACCACGUCUGGACUUUCUUCACAAGGAGAUAAGGGGGAAACGUGGCACUGACAGAACCCGCAUUGCAUCACGAACACCCGGUAGCCUACCCCGCUGCCGACACAGCUCGAGCCGCGCGGGAAAGCCUAUUGCAGCUUUAUUUAUAUAAUAAAUAUUUGGGCAAAAAAUGACGGUCACAGUCACACACUCACAUUUGACCGGGUAGCUCUACUGUCGCUCCGGGGCCAGCUGCUGUCUGAAUGCAUGCGCAUCGACGCGGAUGAACGCAGCAGUGUUCAGAAGUUUGAGGUGCUAUGUGCGCACAACCAAUCAAGGCAACAGCAACAGCAACAGGCCACCAGUUAUCACGUUUACCCGAGGUGCAGAAGAGUGAAUGAGACAGGAGAUUGGAGUGGAGCGCCUCUGCUUGUGGAUGGACCACUGAUCAAGGGGGAAAGUAAGCUUGGAAGUUGGAGUUUAUGCACGGAACGCGCAGAGAUAUUACUCAUUUUUAUUCACUCUGUUACACGAAGGAUGGAGCGGCGCAGCUGACGGUUAGGGAUCGUAAACACACCGAAGGAACCGAACUGCCGGACGAGCGAAAUAUGUAUGGGCGUUACACACAGGAGCUCGGUGUGUACGCCAAGGAGGAGGCGGCCCGCCUGCGUGAUGGCGGGGGGCUGCGGAGGGUCACCAGUGUUCGCAGUCGGUCGGCAGAGCUGCUGGAGUAUGAGAAAGACCCCUGCGCUAAGUGUCAUGUGUGUACGUCUCGCUGUCAGAAGUUCCUGAUCUCGCGUGUGGGCGAGGACUGGAUCUUUCUCAUCCUACUGGGUCUGGUCAUGGCCCUGGUCAGCUGGGUGAUGGACUAUGCUAUCGCUUUUUGUCAGCAAGCUCAGAAGUGGAUGUACGGGGGACUGGACAGUAACAUGCUCCUGCAGUACCUGGCAUGGGUCACCUACCCAGUGGUGCUCAUCACUUUCUCAGCAGGGUUCACACAGAUACUGUCUCCGCAGGCUGUGGGUUCGGGUAUCCCAGAGAUGAAGACCAUUCUGAGAGGUGUAGUGCUGAAGGAAUAUCUCACCUUUAAAACCUUUGUGGCCAAAGUUAUCGGGUUGACCUGUGCUCUGGGCAGUGGCAUGCCCCUGGGAAAGGAGGGCCCGUUCGUUCAUGUAGCCAGUCUCUGUGCAGCCCUCCUGAGCAAGUUCUUGGCUGCCUUGUUUGGUGGAAUCUACAAGGAAGAGCCCUUUGAGGGAAACAAGAAUGAGCUGAGGAACACUGAGAUGCUAUCAGCAGCAUGUGCAGUGGGGGUAGGCUGCUGCUUCGCUGCCCCCAUUGGAGGUGUGCUCUUCAGCAUUGAGGUAACGUCUACGUUCUUUGCGGUGAGGAACUACUGGAGAGGCUUCUUCGCUGCCACCUUCAGCGCCUUCAUCUUCAGAGUACUGGCUGUGUGGAACCAGGACGAAGAGACCAUCACAGCCCUCUUUAAGACACGUUUCCGCCUGGACUUCCCCUUUGACCUCCAGGAGCUGCCAGCCUUCGCCAUCCUGGGGAUUGCGUGUGGUUUUGGCGGGGCUCUCUUUGUCUACCUGAACAGACUGAUAGUAGAGUGUAUGAGGAAACAGAAGACCAUCAACAAGUUCCUGCUCAGGAACUCCUCUCUCCAUGUCAGACGUCUGGUGUAUCCUGCUAUGGUCACCUUGAUCAUCUCAACCCUCACCUUCCCCCCUGGGUUUGGACAGUUCAUGGCUGGACAGCUGACGCAGCAUGAGUCCCUGGUGGCGUUGUUGGACAACCGAACAUGGUGUCGGCAGGGCGUUGCCGAGGAGUUUGACUACAUCAGCCACUCCCACGCCUGGAAACACCCCCAGGUUAACGUCUUCAUCACUCUCAUCCUCUUCAUCGUCAUGAAGUUCUGGAUGUCUGCAGUAGCUACCACCAUGCCUGUGCCAUGUGGGGCCUUCAUGCCAGUUUUCCUCAUUGGUGCGGCAUUUGGACGUUUGGUAGGAGAGACCAUGGCAGUCAUGUUCCCUGAUGGCAUCCAUGCUGAUGGCAGUGUCUAUCCUAUAGUGCCUGGCGGCUAUGCUGUAGUGGGUGCAGCGGCGUUGUCGGGGGCAGUGACUCACACGGUGUCGACAGCAGUCAUCGUGUUUGAGCUGACGGGUCAGAUCAGCCACAUCCUGCCGGUGAUGAUAGCGGUGAUCCUGGCCAACGCCGUAGCCCAGUCCCUCCAGCCCUCGCUAUACGACUCUAUCAUCAGGAUCAAGAAACUACCCUAUCUCCCUGAACUGGGCAUGGGGCACCACGAGAAGUAUAACAUCCGUGUGGAGGACAUCAUGGUUAGAGACGUGCGUUACAUCACUCUCUCCUCCUCCUACCGAGAGGUACAGGAGGUCCUGAUGACUGGACAGCUGAAAACACUGGCCCUGGUUGAGUCCACAGACUCUAUGAUCCUGUUGGGUUCUAUAGAGCGCUCCCAGCUCCAGUCACUCCUGUCCCUCCAGCUGGGUCCAACGCGCAGGCUCGACCACCUCCGGAGGCAUGCCCAGGACAAUGGCACACACACACACACACUGGGCGCACAUGCACACCUGAACAGCCUGGACACCAUGGACAGUCCCCCCAGCCCACCCUGCACACACACACACUCCUACACCUCUAACACCUCCAAUACCAGCGCACGCCAUGGGGUUCGCUUCCUGAUCUCAACAGAGGAGUCCUCCUUCAGUGCAGCUGUGUCCAACUCUCAGCUGCCACUCAAAUCUGCAAUGAAAACGGUCCCUACUAUUCACAACACAGAGGCACCCAACAGUAUACAUACUCUCUCAAUUAAUAGAGACACCCUGACUCCCUCUCCUCUGUCAGGCUCUCAGCAGACCCUUUCCUGUGGUGACCCUGAGAGAGAGCUACUCGAGGAGUCCCCUGAAGUAGAGGAUGACAUGACCACGAACGAAAUAGCAGAGUGGGAAGAGCAACAGCUGGACGAGCCAGUGGAUUUCAACAAUUGCAAGAUAGACCCCGCCCCUUUUCAGCUUGUGGAGCGGACAUCUCUGCAUAAGACUCACACCAUCUUCUCCCUGCUGGGACUGGACCAUGCCUAUGUGACCAGUACAGGACGGCUGGUGGGCGUGGUCUCCCUCAGGGAGCUGCGUAAGGCCAUAGAGGGUUCAGUGACGGUGACAGGGGUGAAGGUUCGCCCCCCUCUGGCCAGUUUCCGUGACAGCGGCAACACUACCAGCGUUUCCGAGGUGACAGAGCUGCACAAGCUUUGGAACCGCCACAGAGGCCUCUCGUUACCACGGGAACCCACCCCGCCCGACAUGGAGGACCAAUUGGACGUUAUGGAUGAGGAGACCCCUGUCCACUUCAUACAGGACCAAUCAGAUAUGGAGUUUGAAACCAUCCCCACUGACAAUAUGGACCCGCCAUCGGAAUUGGUUCUUCAGGAAAGCCUCUCAAUAACAGAGGACCAAACAGAGGAGUUUAUCUUAGAGUGCAGCCCUUCCCACACUGACGAAUCAGAGCUGGCCUGUGAUUUUGACCCGUCCCACCUCCCUGAGACUGACCAAUUGGAGCCGGCGAAGGAACAUGGAACCCCACCCCAUGGGACCACACUCCAGAACAUAGAGCAAAUGAACCAAUCAGAACUGCAGUGUAAGCAAAGUCCCAACCGCCCUGAGGACCAAUCGGAAUGACAGAAGGGGCGAGGGACAGUUAGGAGUUGCUUCGUGGUUCAUUGAGGUUUCUACAACCUUAGAGGUCAUGUUCACCUGAAUCUUUAAGCUGGUCGUCUGUGUCCACAAUGUAUUGUGUGCGUGUGUGUUGGUGUAAAUGAGCAUGUAUUCCUGUGUGAGUGAUAGAGUAACUGAGUGAAUGUGACAACAUAGUUCUGUGUUUAACAAAGUGUGUGUGUGUGUGUGUGUGUGUGUGUGUGUGUGUGUGUGUGUGUGUGUGUGUGUGUGUGUGUGAGAGACUUGGCGGAACCUUGCCCAUGCACCCAUCUGGUGCUGACACUUCUAUUCUCAGUUUGAUUAUCAGAACCAAACUACAUUUUCCCCCCUAAAUAUAGCUACAAAUAACACAGAGAGAGAGAUGGAGCGAGAGAGAGCAGAUCAGAGGGAUAAAGCAAAGGAGAGCGAGGAAAGAGAAGGGAGGGUCUCACUUUAGAUUAAGUGGCCUAUAAAAUCUAUGUAUUUACAUAGCUACAUUCUAAAGGACAUUCUGUAAUUACAGUAUAAGUGCAUGUACAGUCAUAUCUGAAAUGGGAUAUUAAGAGAAAAACAAUAAGUUACUACCCAAAGGCAGCUGAGAAAAGGCCAACAAUUUAACAUCGCUCAGUCAUAAAAUGGCAUCCCACAGGGUUAAGAGCAUUUGUGAAGCACAUUGUAAUUAACAUGCAUUUAACUCAAAGUACAUGUAGCCUUGUCUGGCAUUAAGGUAGGGGGACGGACGGACGUUAGAGAGUUUCUUGUCUUGUAACAGGGUGUUUUGGUCACAGUGUCAUUUUGUAUCUUACAUUUCUUGAGAGAGGAUGUUAUGUGAAUAUCGUAUCCUAUCUACUGUACCGUGUUCCGCAUGUUUCUGGAAUGAUAUGAGUGUUAAUGACACGUUACAUUGCACAGGAAAUGUUGGUUAUGUGGAGAGAGACGACAUCAGUUGUUGUGAGCACACAUAUGCACAUAGGCCAAUAGUACACGCGCAAGGGCUCGAUUCAAUCCGUGGCGCUGAAGAGCCGCGUUGUAGUGCGAUUGACAUUUUACAGGCAAAUGUUCCCGCAUUAGCGGAGACUGCAUUCACGGUAAUUGCUGUAGAUGUCAUCUCGAUCGGGAAAUGACAUUUACCAUUUCAAUUGUGCUGUACUGUGGAUCUUCUGUAAUACAGAUUGAAUCGAGCACUAAGUAAAUGAACACCAUACACAUUCAUAAAUCUAAACAUGGAAAAUGAUAUCCUAGAAAAUACACACUACACACACUCACACAUACCUACAUUGAAAAUGAUUUAUACAGCCUGCCUGGCCUUAAAACCAGUUUAGAAAUACGUACUACCAACUUAAAAGCACAGUUAGAACUCUCCAAGUACACCGAUGAGCAAUAGAAGCCUCUAGAGAGAACUGAAACAACUGUCGUAGAGAAAGUGUGUGACCGGUCUCAUUAUAAAAUGAGUUCAUCAAACGGAUGUUAUGUCAUUGUCAAUCAUUUCUCUUAGCUCCAUUGACAGAUUUGAGCCAUUACAUAUUUCAAUUCUAUGUAAAACCAGGCCAUAACAACCACAAUUUAACGGUUCAUUUUCUUCUGUAAAAAAAAGUCAGUUGUGCAACCAUUUAUUGUUGUCUUACUUUUGUAUGCACAUAGAAUGUGAAGUAGUGCUCGCCAUACAAGAUAUAAUGUAAAAUGAGUCUAAUGUAGAGAGUGUUUUAAGGUAAUUAACAGCGCAUCUAGUUAAGCAAUAAGUCUGUAGUUUCUCCCUUUAUAUGGCCCCGGCCUGUAUAUGGUUUGUACAUAUGAAAAUACAUUAUGACGGAAAUCUACGCAUUGUACAUAGGAGAAUAUGCAUUUGAGAUCAACAGCCAUUGUUAUUUUUCAGAAAACAUACUAAUUGU